GCAUGUACUCCCGCACAAUCCGAGCUUACGAUUGUCAAGUGCUACUGGAAGAUAAAGAAAUUACCAAUACUGAUUGGGAGAGUUUGGAACCCUGUUUAGGUGUGGCCAACAGUGAGGACAUAUCGGCUAAUACCAGUGAGAAUGUUUGGCGUCUUAUAAAAAUUGCUUUUGAUGGUGUAGAAAAUGUGCCGCCAGAGGUCUAUGGCAAAAUUCGUUUGGUGCUUAAAGCCAUCACUGUCGAGGAGUUACAUAACAUUAGCAUGUCACGCGUGGAGAUAGUGGAGGCGUUUGGUGGUGUGCAAGGGUUGAGUAGCAAUAUGAGUAAUGGAUUUACCGAUGCACAAAUGAAAUUGAUUGCCAGCAAAGUGCGUAACGAGUGGCUGGGCAAGGAACCAGAAAUAUAUUCGGAAUAUGAUCUCAUAUCGAUGGGUGAAAUUAUAUGCCAUUUGAAUGAAAGCGAUAUUGAGAACAUACAUGCGGACGCUUUUAAAGCCGCUGCUGAAUGGAUUGGCAGUAUUGAAUCGUGUCCCGAAACUCAAUUACAAGCCUUUGUCAAAUUAGCAAUGCGGGAGGACGCCUUUGGCGAGGCUAAGGAUUGGACCAAAAUUGAUGUUAGUCUAAUUGGCAACAUCAUCAACGGUCUAUCCCAGCCAGAAUUAGCUGCUAUCGAUGAGAAUAAAUUAAAACUAAAUCAUUUCUAUGUACAAAAGCAGCGUAAAAAUGGUAAAGGUGUAAAUGGCGGAGACAGCACUGGAUCUACUCAUAAAAUCAACGGCUCCGUCUUAAAAAAGAACAGUCGAUGAAGAGCAG